AUGGAGUUUGUCUCUUCUUGGCUUCCCACUGAGUUGCGAGAUUCGGGUCUUGGCAAACGAGGCUACCAAGCGGGCACGUCCUGCACUGGAAAGGAGAACCAACAGGGCAACACCUCAUUUUGUAUAGACACCUGCCUGAGCUUGUAUGUGGAUAACUCUACUCUGGCACGAUGUCAUGAGGAUUGUGAUUGCAAGCCAUGGCACCGGGACUCCGUAGAUUUGCUGCUUGGUGUAUUGGGUGGAGCAGCUUUUUGCGCCUGUUGUCUUGUGCUUUGCCUGGACCUUUUCUCUUCAUGGAGUACCAGAACUCCCUCACAGAGAGAGUGUUUGAAGUGGUCCAAUAUUUGCAGCUUGUUCUACAGUAUCUACUUUGUGGCGUUUGCUGUCGCAGAUUCGUAUGCGCCAAUGUGGGACGGGCCAUGUCAACUGCAGACGUUGUUUCAUGGAACCAUGUGCGAUGACAACGGAACUUCACCCUUCUGUUUUUUGAACUGUUGUAUUUUCGCAGUGCCCUGGCUGGAGUUUUUCGGCUAUGGUGCGUACCUUUGGAACGUCAUGUGGAUUUUCGACCUCGCACGCUUCACUCAGCAACCGUUGGCACCAGAGAAGGUCUUGGGUGUUCCUUUGACCUACUUCUACCACAUCUUCACCUGGGUCUGUGCUGGGAUCAUCGCCUUUGAUCCCAACGGUGAUCGCCUCGUCACAGACACAUGUCGACAGGCGAAAGUGGUGAUGAUGCCGUGCGUUCUUCGGCGUCAAAACAUGAAUGGAGACCUGGCCUGGUUUCAGGUGAUUGGCUUCGUGGUCAUUGCCAUGGGCUUCACCAUCCUGGUGAUUCGCUACCUGGAUGCCGGUCAGCUGCUGAUGUCUUCCUCCCGACGCUGCCCGCGACGGGAACGGCUGCUGCUGGCGGUACGGACCUAUCUGCGGAAGCAGUGGCUGCACUUUGCCAGCCUUACCAUGUGCAGCAUUUUGAUCCUGGUGGACACCAUCGCCGUUUGUGAUGAUGAGGUUGGCAGCUACAUGACGUCCGCCGUUUUCCCAGGCCUGGGCCUUUUGCUGAGCUUGGAUCGUCUGACGAGUCUGGCAAAGGAAGAAGGGACACCCCACUUUGGUUCCAUAGAUGCCAGUCCCUUGUCGCAUCAAAGGAGCGAAAACAUGGAGCUGGGAGUAAGCACUGCGAACCUGCGUUCUUUGCCACCAGCCAGUGAACAGUCACCCUUUGGCGCUGCUGGCUAUCGACUACUGGACUUUUCGGCCUUGUUGGAGCAUCUCAUUCACUACUUGCGAGAGGAAGAGCUCCAAUUGGCUCAGCAACGCGAGUUUCUGGCUGCAGGGCAGACUGUGACGCAAGCUGCAGCAUCCCAGUUGAAGCUGCUGCGCGCCAGCGCCCAACUGGAUGAAAGCCCAGAUGCCGCUUGGGAUUGGACCAUUACAGCUGCAACAGGCUCAGAUACCACUUUGACAGUCAUCGCACCUAGAUCCUUCACCUAUUUGCGGCGCUUGGCCGGCUUGGAUUGCGAGGCUCUUCUGACGGAACUCCUGCAGACCAAUGUGGGGGGACUGAAGGUGGCAGCCAAAAGUGGGUCAUCCUUACUGUGUUCCUCGGACAAUCGCACCUUUGUCCUCAAAACCAUUUCCAAGAGUGAAGUGAAGCAAGUUCGAGCCAUGCUGGCGGAGUACCGAAAGCACUUGGAAGAGAAUCCGAGCUCUUUGUUGUGUCGGGUCUAUGGCUGUUUCAGCUUCAAAAAUUCCUUGGGAUAUUUUCUUCACGCUGUAUUGAUGGACUGCUUGGUGGGUUUGCCUGCGAGCAUUGCUGAUAUUGCUGGUUUUGAUUGCCUGACACCAAGCAUCUUCGAUAUGAAGUCAGAGUUCCAAGAUGGAGGUUUCAAAGCAGCUUUUCCUGAGAGAUUUCGGCUGGACAUCAACUUUGCCGCUGACUUGAACUUUCUCCGCUCGCUGGGAGUGGUUGACUAUUCUGUCCUCCUUUCCGUGUGGGAGAUCCCUGAGGAGCUCGGCUUGGAUUUGUCAAAAGAAGAUGUCAGACCUUGCAUUCUGGUGCCAGGCACAUCUGAGAGGCCUUGGUAUUUGCUUCGCCUGGGCGUCAUCGAUUUCCUGGUGCACUGGGACGUGCGGAAGCGCACGGAGAACGUCCUGAAGCGCACCUGUUUCCACCCGAUGCAUUCUGAGAGGGUCACCAUCAUUGAUCCGGAUGGAUAUGCCAGGCGACAACUGGACUUUUUGGAGUCCGUCUUUAGAUCUGAGCUGAGGAAAUAG